AGGGAGUAUUGGCCGGUGGCCAUAUCUUUACACGCAUAGUAGUCAAUUACGGCUCUUUCUUCGUCUACCCCAAAUGCCCACACACAACUCCCAUUCACAACCGAGCUCAGAAGAUGAGGGUCCGCCACAGUCAAUCAUCUUCGGAGACCACAAACUCCCAGAACACCCUCCCACACCUAACAGCCCACUCCAACAGACCACAAACCCGUUCAUCCUCGAGUCAGAUGGGCCACAUCGACAGCCCCAUCAAAGUACAAUUUAUAGCCCUGGACCAUUCAGAGAGCCAUCAACAUCACGCAGCCCAAGCCAUAGCAGGAGUCGGAGUACAAGCCCGGCCAACAGCCCGGGCCAUAGCACUAUAAGUGCGUUGGCUUCACAGUCGGGAGUCACGGCAAGUGCCGGGUUGGGCAUGACAGGUGCAGACACGGCUGCCGCCAGUUCUAAACCAACGUUCAGGGAGGUCCCGGUGCCGCUGUCACCCACAGCACUCUCAAGGCAGACGUCAAAAUCUCCAGCCAAGUCUCCCAGGAUGGGUAAAGGAGAAGGUUACCUUGAUCCCACUAUACUUUCAGUAGCCUCCGGAAGUAGGAAUUCGGGCAAAGGAAAAGAACGGACGAGGAGAAAGGGUGGUCACAAAUACCAUUCAUUGCACGUUCAGGACGAAGAGGAAGAGGAACCACCUGAAAGCGACGCAUUGAGGACACGAGGGAAGGUAGGGCUGAACGCUUAUGAGAAAGCUUUGUGGAAAUGGGUCAACGUGGACGAUCUUGAUGGAUUCCUACAAGAAGUGUAUGAUUACUACAAGGGUAAAGGCAUCUAUUGUAUCGUAUUAGCGCGAGUACUCAACUUACUCACAACUUUCUUCGUAAUUGCAUUCUCUACCUUUCUCAUAUCUUGCAUCGACUACUCAAAGCUCUUUUCUUCAAUCUCGACUGCCGAGGCUGUUGGGCGAUUAGAAGACGUCCUCGUAGCCCAAUGUAUCACCAAGGGGUCAUUCGCUCAUACCCUUUUCUUAAUCAUCCUCUCAGCAUUCUUUAUCUUUCAGGUCGCCAGUUUUGCCAUGUCCGUCCCUCGACUAUUGGAUAUGUAUCGGUUCUACACGCACCUUUUAGGUGUCCCUGAUGCGGAUAUACAAACACUUCCAUGGCCCGAGAUUGUGCGACUGAUAGGUGACAUUAGAAAGCACAAUCCUGUCACAUCACUUUCCAACGGCCAGGCUACAGCACUUGCCGACAUGGUUGGCAAUGAUGCUAAAGCACCUGCAAAGAAGCUUGAUGCCCAUGACAUAGCAAACCGGAUACUGAGACAAGAAAACUAUCUCAUCGCACUAUUCAACAAAGACCUCCUCGAUCUUCGCGUCCGCAUCCCGGUCCCUCACGUACUCACAGCUUUUAUACCCUCUUCUAUUCUUAUAUCGUCGGCUGAUGCCCCUCUACCGUCACUCCAGUCCGAACCCGAGAGAAAGUUCCUAAGCUUUGGCGCAAAUCACUUGACCAAAGCUCUUGAAUGGAAUUUGCGCUUUUGUCUAUUGGGCUAUUUGUUUGAUAGAAGGGGGCAGGUUAGAAAAGAAUUUGUAAGAGAGAAAAGAAGGAAGGAUCUUGUGCAAGGAUUGAGAAGGAGGUUUAUUUUCAUGGGUAUUCUCAACGCAAUUUUUGCGCCGUUUAUCAUUCUUUAUCUUCUCAUAUACUCAUUUUUCCGCUACUUUGAGGAAUAUCACAAGAAUCCAUCUUCAAUUGGAAGCCGACAGUAUACGCCUUAUGCGCAGUGGAAAUUCCGAGAAUUCAAUGAGCUUCCCCAUUUGUUUGAAAGACGACUUGACAGAAGCUACGAAAUUGCCAAGGAAUACGUUGAUCAGUUCCCCAAAGAGCGUACUGCUCUCGUCAUGCGGUUCGUCGCAUUCAUUGCAGGAUCUUUUGCCGCCGUUCUUCUUGUCGCCUCUCUCAUCGACCCGGACCUUUUCCUUCACUUUGAAAUCACCCCCCAUCGGACGGUCCUCUUCUACCUAGGAGUCUUUGGGUCCAUACUCGCCAUCUCGCGAGGAAUGGUGCCACAGGAGAACAUGGUAUUCGACCCCGAGGCGAGUUUGAACGAAGUUGUUAGAUGGACGCAUUAUCUGCCUGUAGAAUGGAGGGGCCAAUUACAUAGCCAAAUGGUGCACCAAGAAUUCAGCAAACUGUUCGCAUUAAAGAUCAUGAUCUUCUUCUCCGAGCUUCUUUCCGUAAUCCUCACUCCUUUCAUCCUCUUCUUCUCCCUCCCGCCAUGCGCUGCAGCCAUCAUCGACUUCUUCCGCGAAUUCACUGUGCAUGUCGAUGGAGUAGGCUAUGUCUGCUCUUUUGCGGUAUUUGAUUUCGCGCGAUACGGAAACGUGGAUGCCAACCAACCGGAAACCGGACUGGAGGGGGCUACAGGUCCCGAUGGCGGUCCUGCUGCUGAUGGGUUCGCCGCAGGAAAACCAAGUCGACCGACAACCCGACGGACCACUUCCUCCAGUCCUUCACGUUUAAAACACAGAGAUUGGCGAGGCAACGAGAACAAGAUGGAGCAGUCAUUCUUGCAUUUCAAGGCUACUCAUCCGGAUUGGCAGCCGUCUGAUCCCAGCUCGUCACUCUUUCUAGAUCGGCUGAUGGGUGCUGGGACCCGUAACCGUCAUGGAGGUGGGCCAGUGUCCGCAGCGACGGGAGGGAUCUCUGGCUCGAUUUACGGCGGAGGAGGAGGAGGGGUUGGUGGAAGAGGUUUGGGGGUUGACGGAUCCGUGAUGGCGGAGAUGGAGGAAGAGCGUUUACGAGCCAAGAGACAGUCUUAUGAACGUGCAUGGGCGAAAUCCUCUCACUUGCAUCGACCUGAUAGUUCUCAUUCCCAUCCUUUGCGUCAUCCCCAUUCCGCCGCUUCAGAGAUAAUUGAAGAAGAAGAAGGGGGCGAAGGGGACAAGGGCGAUGACUCGAUAGAUGGUUGGAGUAAGCGUGUGAAGACGGACGGAGAGACGGAUGAUGAAGAAGAGCGCGAGAGGUUGUGGAAGGAUGAAGGUGUGGUGGGUUUAUUGCAGCAGGUGUUGGGCAGAUAAUAUGUGUGUGUAUAUCAUAAUAACAGAUUAUAAUAUUCUUUUUAACGAACAAUCAUAUAACCGUUGUAGUUAU